AUGUUGCAUAUACUUUCAGACUGCAGUAUAACAGAGGAAGGAUACACUGCUCUGGCUGAAGCUCUGAAAUCAUCUCACCUGAUAGAGCUGGAUCUCAGAGGGAACGACCCUGGAGCAUCAGGAGUGAAGCUGCUCACUGAUUUACUACAGGAUCCAGGCUGUACACUGAAGACACUGAGGUUGUGGAAAAGUCCUGAUGCAGAGGAAGCCUACACGUGUCUUACUAAAAUGUUCAGUAAAAACCCCUUACUGCACACGGAGCUGGAUCUGAACAACAAAACACCAAGAGACGUGAAAGUGAAGCAGCUUUCAGCUCUGCUGCAGGAUCCACAUUACAGACUGCAGAAACUUGGGUUGUAUAAAGAAGGCAAAAUGACAGAAGAUGACUGUUCACAUGUGAUUUCUGCUCUGGUUUUAAACCCUUCACACCUGAGAGAUCUGAAUCUGAACAGGAAUAAACCAGGAGAGUCUGGACUGAGAAAUCUGUGUGAUUUCCUGAAGAAUCCUGAAUGUAAACUGCAGACACUAAAACUACAGAGCAGUAUAAGUGAGAAAUCCUCUGCUGAUUUGUCUUCAGCUCUCUGUACAAAUCCAUCACACAUCAGAGAGCUGGAUCUGAGUGAGUGUGAACUGGGAGACUCAGGAGUGGAGAAGCUCUGUGAUCUACUGAAGAAACACGAGUGUAAACUGGAGAAACUGCUACUACAGAGCAGUAUAAGUGAGAAAUCCUCUGCUGAUUUGUCUUCAGCUCUCUGUACAAAUCCAUCACACAUCAGAGAGCUGAAUCUGAGUCAUUGUAAACUGGGAGACUCAGGAGUGGAGAAGCUCUGUGAUCUACUGAAGAAACACGAGUGUAAACUGGAGAAACUGCGACUACGGAGCAGUAUAAGAGGGAAAUCCUGUGCUGAUUUGUCUUCAGCUCUCUGUACAAAUCCAUCACACAUCAGAGAGCUGGAUCUGAGUGGGUGUAAACUGGGAGACUCAGGAGUGGAGAAGCUCUGUGAUCUACUGAAGAAACACGAGUGUAAACUGGAGAAACUGCUACUACAGAGCAGUAUAAGUGAGAAAUCCUCUACUGAUUUGUCUUCAGCUCUCUGUACAAAUCCAUCACACAUCAGAGAGCUGGAUCUGAGUCUGUGUGAACUGGGAGUCUCAGGAGUGGAGAAGCUCUGUGAUCUACUGAAGAAACACGAGUGUAAACUGGAGAAACUGCUACUAUGGAAGAGUGUAAGAGGGAAAUCCUGUGCUGAUUUGUCUUCAGCUCUCUGUACAAAUCCAUCACACAUCAGAGAGCUGGAUCUGAGUGAGUGUGAACUGGGAGACUCAGGAGUGGAGAAGCUCUGUGAUCUACUGAAAAAACACGAGUGUAAACUGGAGAAACUGCUGUUAAUUAAAUGCAGAAUAACAGAUAGAGGCUGUGCUUCUCUGACUGAGGCUCUCAUAUUAAACUCCUCACAUCUGAAAGAGCUGAAUCUGAGAGAGAAUAAACUGGGAAAUUCAGUCAGACCAUUGGAGGUGAUACUGAAGCAUUCAGGACGACAGCUAAUAUAUUAAUAAAUCCACACGCUGAUCCAUUUCUUCACUGGUGAUAACUGACCUGAUAAACAGCUCUCUCUGGAAGCUGAGUUCUCUGUACACUAGAAGGAACAAAGACACAGAACAGAGAGGAAGCAGUGUGUACAGUAAUGUAAGGAGCAGUGUGUACAGUAAUGGAGGGAGCAGUGUGUACAGUAAUGGAGGGAGCAGUGUGUACAGUAAUGUAUGGAGCAGUGUGUACAGUAAUGGAGGGAGCAGUGUGUACAGUAAUGUAUGGAGCAGUGUGUACAGUAAUGUAUGGAGCAGUGUGUACAGUAAUGUAUGGAGCAGUGUGUACAGUAAUGGAGGGAGCAGUGUGUACAGUAAUGGAGGGAGCAGUGUGUACAGUAAUGGAGGGAGCAGUGUGGAUGAUGAUGAUUACACUCAGCAGAACCAGGUCAGUAGUGGGACACUCACUGACUCCACAAGUCAUCCUUCAGGAAGUUUCUAGAAGAUCAGAGAACAGAAGACAAGUCAGUAACACCACUAAUACACAGAGGCAACAAAACAGGAGCUCCACAAGCAGUCCCACCUCCAAACCAUGGAACAAACAGUAGCAGAUAAACACCAGAGAAACUCAUCAAUGCAGGACAGAAGGAGACAAAAGUGUCCUGUGUUCUGUAGGGAACUGACUCCUAUUUCAGAGAAUUCACUUUCUGGACAAUAAAAUAGAUCCAAAUGUAAGUGUUGGUUUUUGUCCAUGUUCUGGUUAAUGGUCCUUCCUUUAACCCUAAAUCUCUUAUUCAGCACAAACUGAAAUAAAGCUGAUGGUAAGAAAGUGAGAGAAGAGGAAGUCUGACUCUGUUCUAGUUCUCUUUCACACUCAGACUGAAUCUGUCUUAAAUUUAUGAAUUAUUUCUUAUGGAUGUAAAAUGUCUUCAUAAUAAACAGAAUCCUUUACUAUGUCUGGAAUUUCCUCCUGCUGGUGU